AUGGACGAUCAACAGUUGAAAAAUUUGAUUAAGUGGUUAGAUACAUUUGAUCUUCAGACACCUCACUCCUCAGUAGAGGAUAUAAGUGACGGUGUUGCCUUGGCAGAUGCUUUAGCCCAGAUUGCUCCAGAAUGGUUUACUGCUGUGUGGAGAGCAAAAAUUAAAAGCGAUGUUAAUUCUAAUUGGCGUUUGAAAGUCAGUAACCUUAAAAAAAUAAUUGAAGCUGUAAUGGAAUACUACAUAGAAUGUUUAAAUCAACAGUUGUCUGGUUAUGUCAAACCUGAUGCAACCAGAAUAGGAGAACAUUGUGAUAACCAUGAAUUGCGUAGGUUGUUACAAUUAAUUCUUGGAUGUGCUGUCAAUUGUAAUCAAAAACAACAAUACAUAACAAGAAUUAUGGGCAUGGAAGAGACUGUUCAACAAGCUAUUAUGCAGAGCAUUCAAGAGUUAGAAAGUAAUAUGAAUGGACCUAGAUUAAGUUUGGGUACUAGUCUUAAUUUUGAGUCUUUGGAUGUGGCAGAUGGUACUCAGCAAAGACUAUUAACUGAGCUUCAACUAACUGCAGACAUGAAGGAACAAUUGGCACAAAGAUGUCACGAACUUGAUCAACAGUUAUCACUUUUACAAGAAGAAAAAGCAGCAUUGGUCACAGAAAACAAGAAACUUCAGGAGAGACUUGAUGAAUUUGAAAACCCAGAGGAAUCCGGUUCAAUUUUAAAAUAUUCUGGCCUUAGGAAGCAGGUGGAGGCUCUUAAAGAUGAAUUAUUUAAGGUAGAGACUUCCAGAGACGAUUAUAGAGUGAAGGUCGAAUUAUUAGAAAAGGAAGUUUUGGAGUUACAAUCUAAGCAAGAAGAUUUACAGAAAGCAGCAGAUGAGGCCAAUCAUUUAAAGGAUGAAAUAGAUGCACUAAAAGAGACUGCAGACAAAGUAGCUAAGUAUGAACUUACAAUAGAUUCAUACAAGAAGAAAAUGGAAGAUUUGUGCGAUUUAAGAAGACAAGUUAAAAUAUUGGAAGAUAAGAACUUAGAAUAUUUACAAUCUAAGAUAGAUUAUGAAGAAGAAUCUAAACGGACUACAAUGUUACGCAGUCACUUAGAAGUUUGCAAACAACAGCUUGCAGAAAUUCAUCACAAAUUAGAUGAACAAACUAAUAAAUGUGAUAAACUUGAAUUUGAAGGAAAAAAAAUGGAAGCAAAGUUAAGUACUUUACAAAGAGAAAGAGACAGAUUAAUUGUUGAAAGAGAUGCUCUGAAAGAAACAAAUGAGGAAUUAAAAUGUACACAGUUACAGGCAGCAGAGAAGAUGAUGAAACAUAGUACUGACAGUACUGUUGCCAACACAGAAAUGAUUCCACUUGAAAUUAAGGAAAAGUUAUUAUGUUUACAGCAUGAAAAUAAAAUGUUGAAGCUUAAACAAAAAGGAAAUGAAGAUAAAUUACCAACCGUCCAGGCAUUGAUAGAAGAUUCGGAAGAAAGGAUAAAGAAACUUAGAGAUCAAAAUCGUGAAGCUAAUCAAAGAAUACUUGACUUAGAAAAUAGAUUAGAGGAGGCAUUGGGAAAUCAAUCCAGUGGGGACAAUAAAAGUGAUAACAAUUUAGGGCAGAAAAUAAUACAGUUACAGGAUGAAUUAAGAAGAGUGCAAGCAGAAAAGGAACGUUUAAUACUACAAAUUGAAGAAAGAGAUAGCACAUUACAAAGUCAGAAACAAAAGGUUUUCACUUUACAAGAAAAGUUAACGCGUAAAGAAUACGACAUCACAGCUCUUGAAGAACGUUAUAAGAAACAUGUAGAAAAGGCGAAAAGCGUUAUAAAAUGUUUAGAUCCUAAACAAAGUAAUUCAUCUCCCAAUGAGGUUGCUGUUUUAAGGAAUCAAAUUUUAGAACAACGAAAAAUUAUGGAAGAAAUGGAACGAUCGCUGAAAGAAUCUAAAUUAAUUAAAGAAAUGGAAGAAAAAUUAAUGACAUCUGCCUUUUAUCGUUUAACUUUGACUCUACAUAGGGAAGCAAUAGAUCAGCGUCUUGCAGCUUUACAACCUCAAGGACAAUCUUUUUUAGCAAGACAAAGACAACCAUCAGCUAGGCAUCAUUUGCCUUAUAAUUCUAAGUGAAUAAAAAUUUCCUUCAAUUUUCAGACCUUCUUUUAAUUGCGGUUAAUAGAAGUAUAUAGACAGAAAUCAUUCAAGACUCUGUUUAUUGUAAAAAAUUUAUAAUUUUAUAUUUAUGUAAA